UUACUAAUGUUGAUUAUGCUGUCUAUUUGUUUGCAAUUCCAGGUACAAUACCGUAUGCAUCCUGCAUUAUCUGAGUUUCCAUCAAAUAGCUUUUAUGAAGGUACACUCCAAAAUGGUGUAACCAUCAAUGAAAGGCAAUCAACAGGCAUUGAUUUCCCUUGGCCUGUGCCCAACCGUCCCAUGUUCUUUUAUGUUCAGAUGGGACAAGAGGAGAUCAGUGCUAGUGGAACUUCCUAUCUGAAUAGAACUGAAGCUGCAAAUGUGGAGAAGAUUGUGACUACAUUUCUUAAGGGUGGAGUAGUCCCUAGUCAGAUUGGGGUCAUAACACCAUAUGAGGGUCAACGAGCAUACAUUGUAAAUUACAUGGCAAGAAAUGGUUCCUUGAGGCAACAACUUUACAAGGAAAUUGAGGUUGCAAGUGUUGAUUCAUUUCAAGGGAGGGAAAAGGAUUAUAUUAUUUUGUCAUGUGUCAGGAGUAAUGAACAUCAGGGCAUUGGAUUCCUUAAUGAUCCACGGAGGCUUAAUGUUGCCCUUACACGUGCUCGUUAUGGUAUUGUUAUACUUGGAAAUCCUAAAGUUCUUAGCAAACAGCCUCUGUGGAAUGGCUUGUUGACACACUACAAGGAGCAUGAGUGCUUGGUAGAAGGUCCUCUGAAUAACUUAAAGCAGAGCAUGGUUCAAUUUCAGAAGCCCAAAAAGAUCUACAAUGAGCGCAGACUUUUCUUUGGUGGUGGACCAGGAAUUCCAGGUGACAGUUUUGGAUCUGCUUCAGGCCCCAAUGCUGACAGGAGAAAUAGUCGUUCUAGGGGUUCUUAUAUGGCACCUGGUGUACCCAACGGUACUCAGAAACCUGGUGUUCAUCCUGCUGGUUAUCCAAUGCCUCGGGUUCCCUUUCCACCUUACCAUGGAGGCCCUCCACAACCGUAUGCAAUUCCUACUCGUGGUGCUGUCCAUGGGCCUGUUGGAGCUGUUCCUCAUGUUCCACAGCCAGGUAGCCGGGGUUUUGGGGCUGGACGUGGCAAUGCCAAUGCACCAAUUGGUAGUCAUCUCCCUCACCAUCAAGGCGCCCAGCAACAGGCUGGAAGUCUUGGAUCUAACUUCAACUUUCCUGCAUUGGAGAAUCCAAACAGUCAGCCUUCUGUUGGAGGACCUUUAUCUCAGCCUGGAUAUGCUUCUAAUAUGGGUAUCCAGGGACCAGGCCAGACAUUUCGGGAUGGAUAUUCUAUGGGUAGCAUGUCACAGGAUUUCGUGGGAGAUGAUUUCAAGAGCCAGGGGUCUCAUGUUCCAUAUAACGUUGCUGACUUCUCUACACAGGCUUCUCAAAGUGGAUAUGCUGUUGAUUAUGUAACUCAAGGAGCACAGGCUGGUUUUCCAGGGAACUUCUUAAACCAGAGUUCGCAAUCUGGAUACUCCCGUUUUGGUUCAGGAAAUGAAUUCAUGUCACAGGACUACAUGGCUCAUGGAUCCCAAGGUCUCUUUACUCAAGCUGGAUACAAUAAUCCAUCACAAGAUGAUGGUCCACAGAAUCAUUUUGGCAUGUCCAAUGCAUCUCUUCAGUCUCAGAGUUCGCUUAAUCCACUUUACUCCCAACCAUUUGCUCACUACAACACGCAACCAUUUAACAUGCAAAGCCAACCUCAGCAGCAAGCCCCACAAGGCCAGGGCUUCCAAAAUCAGAAACUUCACUACAAUAGUUGAAGAUCGCAGGCUUGUUUAUGUGAUGGGUUAUAGUUUGCUUCCAGCAAUUUGGUUGAUGCUGUCAACACGUGGACCAUAUUAUCUGACCUAAGAUGAGUUAAAGAGUUUGCUAAUAAUUCAGGUCAAAUGGUGACAUAUCCCUUGCCAGUGAUUCUGAAUGUUGAGUCAGAGGCUGGAGUGGUGGAAGGCUCUCUGCUCAAGUAAACCAUGCGCAGCACAACUGGUGCUGAGAAAGGAAAAAUAACCCAUGUUAUCUUUGUGAAGUUUUACAUAUUGUUUGAAGAGAAAGUAAUACUAUUUCUCCGGGAGAGAAAGGUUACAUGGCAUGCUAUUGGCCGGAAGGGUGGGUUAUUCAGGACACGGAGCUUGCUACUUGCGCAUUGGAAGUACAACAUUGUUUGAAGCUGCGACCAUAUCUUUUGUACAGUGUCCAGGCGAAAGUCAGCUAACCCUUUCAGCUCUUCCUGACAUGUAAUUAAACUCUUUAGUCUUUGUAUUACGUGGAUAAUGACGAUAAUUAUCAAUGUAUUUAUGUUUCAGCACUUGAGGUAUUGGGUAUAUAAACAUGCAGGUAUUAGUCAUUUGAUUAAACUGGGUUGCUUGUAAUCCAGUAUCAUUUUUUGUGUGGAUGUCUUUUGAAGCGUUUUGCUUGGAGUAGUCAAUGGAAAAUGGAAUACGAGUACUUCAGCACUGCA